AUGGCAGACAAUAAAGGUGAUGUCAAGGCACCACCUUCCUGGCUAAACUCUCCAGCAUUUCAGGAAUCCUAUCAGAAAGCCAUAGAGUUUUACGAGAAAGACGAAGUCUUAGAUGCUCGAGAUCGGUUAGAGUUAUCAAAGAAAUAUACCUCAAUUGCUAGAGCGCAAUUUAUAGGUGGAUGGGCUGGUUUCAGUGCAGUAUUUAUCACCCCAUUUGCAUACCGUUAUUACAAGACAGGUGCUAUCAGAGGAGUUAAAGUUCCUAGAAAUUUUGUAUUUGGCCUAGUUGCCAUGGUUGUAAGUACCCAGCUUUCUGGAAGCAUGAUGUACAAAAAAAAAUUACAGGAAUUGGAUCCUACAGGCGAGCUUGCCGCCAAAUACGAGUCAAAAAUUAACAAAAAUAAACAAAGAAAUCAAUAUGGAGAUUUUGAAGCGGAUGUACCUACUUUAAUAGAUGAGAACCAGAACCAAAAUCCACCUUCGAGGUACCAGAAGGAAUUCGAUAUGAUGAACUUAUUGAAAAAUGGGUCUGCUCCCAAAUGGGCUAUGUAUUUCUACACAACUUACCAAAACCCUAGAAGACGCUUCCCUAAUCCUGUAGAGAUGAUGGAUGAGCUAAAGAAAGCACAAAGACAACCAUUGGCACCAUUUUUACAUCAGCGCGAUCCAUUUGGAUUAUUUAAGGACCAGAAUGAGAAAAACGAUGAAAAAAACGAUGCCUAUCCUAACCCGACAAAAAAUGCGAAACCUGCUGAUAAUAACCAACUACCACUAGAACCACCAAAACCAGAACUAUCAUGGAAUAAAGUUCGCCAACAAAAUUCCGGUAAAGCUACCACUGCAUGGGACAGAAUAAGAAAUGGGGAACACUUAAAUGACAAUAAUGAUGGAUUUGAUGAUGAUCUGGAUCCGUUUGAGGAGUCAAAAAGCAAUGUAGGGCCGACAAUCAAUAAACCGACCAAAGAGGAAUUCAAGAAUCUUGUUGAGCAAGAAAGAAAUGGGGGUUCGGGCCUAUUUUAA